AGUUACCAAAUACCAAUGAACCGUCUUGUUGUCGACUGUCUUCCCCUUACAGCCUCCGCUCUGUAGACUAGCCAAAAAACACCCAUGCUCGCACGCCUUACAAAUAGAAACUGUAAAAUCACGUUCCAGUAGUCCACGGAGUAAUGGCUGCCUUUUCUUCUUUUUCGAUCAGGGCGUUCCUUUCUGCACUCAGGAAAUACCAUUUGAGGAUUUGCGUUACCAAUCCUAACUCCAUUGCUCUUCGCUGUGUUGGGUACUUGGAGAGAACUUCCGUUUCUUCAUUUGCGUCCAAAGUUAGCGAGACCAAUUAUGCUGGUGUAGCUUCAAUCAUCGGGACUCGAAGGAUUUGGACCUGCCCACCAGUUUAUAUGGGCAGGCGCUCCAGCAAAAUCGCAACUAGAAAGGGAGCACAAGAUGCAAAGAAGGCAAAGCGAUAUGGGAAAAUUGGGAAGGAGAUAGUAUCUGCUGUGAGCAAAGGUGGGCCCAAUCCAGUUUCAAAUUCAGUUCUUGCUGCUGUCUUGGAAAAAGCUAGAGAGCUUGAUGUCCCUAAGGAAAUAGUGGAAAGAAACAUUAAGAGAGCUUCUGAAAAGGGCCAAGAGGCUUAUAUCGAGAAGAUUUAUGAGGUGUAUGGUUUUGGUGGUGUUAGUAUGGUGGUUGAAGUCUUAACAGAUAAGGUAAACCGAUCUGUGGCAGCUGUUAGAGAGGUUGUGAAGGACUGUGGUGGAAAGAUGGCAGAUCCAGGAUCAGUUAUGUUCAAGUUUAAGCGUGCAAGAGUUGUUACUAUAAAGCCCACUGAUGUUGACAAGGAUCAACUUCUGGCCAUUGCCUUAGAUGCAGGGGCAGAGGAUGUGAUGGAACCCCCAGCCUAUGUGGAUGCCGCUGAUGACGACCAGUCAGAAAACUGUUACAAGAUCGUUAGUUCAGCAGAAAAUUACUCAGAAAUAUUGGAGAAAUUGAGAGAUCAGGGAAUAAGUUUUGAACCAGAUGGGGGAUCUGAGCUUUUACCACUAUCUACAAUUGAGGUUGAUGAUGAAGCCAUGGAAUUGAACAAGGAGCUUAUGUCCAAAUUACUUGAACUAGAUGAUGUUGAUGCUGUUUAUUCUGACCAGAAAUGAUAGAUGCCAAACGUGCUCUGAAGCUUACAGAAUUGGAUGCCCUUCCAUCAGCAUUCUACUUCCUGAUUCAGGAAAGGUUUUUUAGUUAUGUUGAAGAGCAAUGCCACUCUUAUCAAGAAAGGCAACUUGGGGUAGAAAAACCUGAGGUGAAUGAGUUUGCAAUAAUAUAGGAACCGGUGCUAAGUAGUAGAGAAAUAUCAUUCUCUCGAUGCCCAGAUCCUGUAGGGUCCAAUUUGUAUUUUUAUGGCAGCUGCGUCAAAUUAAUUGACUUCUGAUUGAAGUUUUAAAUUCAUUCAAUGCCAUUUAACUCUUUGUUUUCAA